AUGAUAGCUUGCUCUAAAGAUGUUCGGUCUUCUGGUGGAACCGACCUUCGAAUCUCUUCUCGCAACACUUUCACUCGAACUGGAAGAAAGCUCAACAAUUAUGAAACAAGAGAUUCCUCGAAAGCCAACUUUUCUUCGAAUACAAUGCAUCUGCCAUGCAGAUCCAAUCGUCCUGUACGCAAAAUGUACUCCACCGAGGCGGCAAUUCAAGCAACAGCCAUGGCUGAUACUUUAGAUUGUGGCGUAGUACCCGUCAGCUGUCGGUAA